AUGAGUAACCACAACUCCCUCCAUUUGCGCUCAAAUUCCCCAAAGACGGAAGUUUGGAACCCCCACCACUCCGAGGAGCGCGACGCCGAGCCUCCCCUUCCAGCCGGACUCGACGAAGCCAGGCUCGAGGCCAUCACCGACCAAAUCCUGGGACUCCUAGCACAGAACUUCCCAGACACCCCGAUGGAGUCUAUGGCGAACAUGGUCCGGAUCAUGAGAGAGGCCGCCAACGGCAACGCCGACGCGUUCCGAACAAUCAUGGAACAUGUCAUGGACGCGAUUACUCAGAGUCAUCAUCCAGAGGAUUUUGGGGUUCGCAACCCGGCGCCGAGCUACUCGGGGUUACCGACUGAGGGAGAUGUAACGGUUGAGUUGGAAGUUGCGGUGCCGGAGUAUAGGCCGCCACCUCCAAGUUACACGGAGGACUCGCAGCAGUCGUUUCAGCCGCCGCGGGGCCACAAGAGAAAGAGGGAGCAACAGGACGAGGACGGCGUGGGAGAUGAUCAGGAGCGAGAGCGGAAGAGGCAGUGUCGCUAG